UUGACAAUUUUUAUAUCAGUCUACAUCAAAUGAUGAAACUGUGCUCAUCUUGCAGAAGCUCUAAUCUGCUGAAUAUUGUUAUAGAUCAACGUCUUAGAAUUGACACCUGUCGAUAUCUAAUCGAGAUUUUAUCGCGUCGCAUAACGGGUGAAUAAAUCGUCUUAAAUAAAAAAAAAUCAACAAAACGAUAAAAAUCAUUUAUUAAUUAAUAAAGUAAUUAUUGUGAAGUGUGUGAAAAGAAAAAGGUUCUAAGAAAGAAUUUAUUUUGUGACCAAAAGUGUAACGACAAAAUAAAGAAAUUCCUUAAAAGGAAAUUUGAAGAAAAAAAAGAAUUUAAAUUCAACGGAAUUCUAGAAGGAAAGGAAGUUAAAUUAGAAUUGUUGAAAAACAAAAGAAUUUCAUUAAAAAUUCUUUUUUACAAUUCUAAAGGCAGCACGAACGAAAACUAAAAUAAAUUUGCAUAAAAAUUUUAACAAAAUUAAACCAAUAGCAACUGAAUUUAAUAACAAAUUGAAAAAAAAUUUAAAAAGAAAAUCCAAAAUUUUAAAAAAUUUUAUAUAAUUUUAUCACAACACAAAAAGAUUUGCAAAAAAAAACUUGUGUUUUUAAAAAAGAAAUUAAAUAAAAACAAAUUUAUUUAUUUUUUUUUCAAAUUCGUCGUAUAUUUUUGUUUUUGUAUUAUAUACAUUUUAAAAUCUAUAUAUAAACAAUUGGUUUCUCAUUUAUAUACUUGAAAAUAUCUACAUUUUUAUAUACAUACAUAUAUAAAAAAUAUAUAACAAAAUAUAUAUAUAAAUAAAAAGCUGGUUAGACCUGUUCCUACAUCUAUGGAGUUUCAUCUAGACAGUGCAGAAUACUGCCAGGCACAGCACAAAUAAAAAGGGGAAAAAGUUUGCAUCAAAGGAAGCAGCAAUAGAAAAUCUAAACGAUCACGAAGGCGUUUAAAAGUUAGACGAAGAAACUGCAAGUUUAAGACUAGUUAGAAGGAUUAACAACCGAAUGAUACAAUAGAAGAGAGAGUUAAUACAAAAACGUAUCUGAAUAAGACGUCAAAACGCUACAGCUGAAAAGAUUUCACCAAAAUCAUCAAACACAAGCGAUCAUAUCAAGCAGAUCAAGUGGUAUUUGAGAAAAUCCCCCGCGAAAAAAAAAAUAAACAAAAUUAAAAAAAUUAUUCAACGAAUUCUAAAAGAAAAAAAUAGAAAAAAAGAAAUAUUGGAAAUUUGAAAAUUAAAAAUCUAACCCUCUCAACCAGGAUUAAAUAUAAAAAAGAAAAACAUAACCUAUAAAAAAGGAUAUUGAAAAACUGACAAACUACAGCAAGAACAGGGAAAAGCAGGUUUAUUAAAACAAAAACAAAUAGAGAAAAACAAAUAUUUUUUGAAAUUUUUUUGACUAAAAUUAGUAAAAAAAAAAAAAACAAAAAA